AUGGCGUCCGACAUGAUGCUGGCGUUCAUGCUGCAGCUACUACAGGACCUAGUCGCUCAUCUGCAGCAGAACCUUCUCGUCCUGUACCGCCUGAACGAGCAGACGAGGCUGAUGAACAACAACAUCCAGCACAUUCUGGACUCACCGCGGAGCAGGACUCGACGGAGGGCCCGGAGGGAGCACUGGGUCCGACCCGGGAGAACCAGCAGCUGGUGGGACAACUUUGCGAGCGGCGCUGUGGAGGACAGCGAGUGGACUGAGAACUUCCGCAUGUCCAGAGCCUCUCUUCUCGGCCUGACCGAACAACUUCGUCCAUAUAUCGAGGGCCAGACGACCAACAUGAGAGCGCCGAUCGACGCGCUGAAGAGAGUCGCGCUCACCGUGUACUACCUGAGCGGCGACGAGGGCGGACUGCGGAAGACCGCGAACGCCUUCGGAGUGUCGCGGCAGGCGGUUUCCGUCCUUCUUAGGCAGACGUGCAAAGCCAUCGCGGCCCACCUGGGUCCAAAAUACAUCAAGCUGCCUUUCACGGAGCCGGACGCCGAAGACCUGGUUUUGGGCUUCUUGAACGCGCACGGCAUGCCGCAGUGUUUGGGGGCGGUGGACAGCACCCACAUCGAGAUCAAGCAGCCCCCGCUCAACCCUGCGGACUACAUCAACAGCAAAGGCAGGUACUCCAUUAACGUGCAGGCCGUCUGUGACUACAGGUACAGGUUCAUGGAUGUGGUGGUGAAGUGGCCUGGGAGCGUGCAGGACGCUCGGGUCUUUGCCAACUCCAGGGUGAACCUGUGCUUCAAGUCGGGCAAGAUCCCUGCUCUGAAGAAGCAGAUCGUGGAUGAGGAGGAGGCCAUACCCAUUUUUCUCCUCGGCGACUCAGCCUACCCUCUGCUGCCUUUUCUCAUGAAGGACUUCUCAAGCGGAUGCUCCACACCCCAGGAGCAAUACUUCGAGUUGUGUCUGUGCAGCGGGCGCGUGGUCAUCGAGUGCGCCUUUGGUCGCCUUAAAGCAAGAUUUGGUGCUCUGAGGAGGCCCAUGGACAUCAACCUGAGAGAUCUGCCCCACGUCAUAUACACGUGCUUCGUGCUGCACAAUUACUGCGAGGCCAACGAGGACCCUGUAGACGAGCACGGUUUGUGGGAGGCGAUGCAGGGCGACAGGGACUCGCAACCUCUGACACGAAUCUGUGAUUACGUGACUGACUCUAAUGAGGAGGGCAAGAGAAUUAGGAGAGUUCUAACCAAGUACCUCGACCCGUAA